UGGGGGAAAGUUGGGGAAAUUUCGAUUUCAUGUUAUUUCCCGCCGUGGUUUUCUCCGAAAUUCCGGCGAAAAUUGCGCAAUUUUGCCCAAUUGGGCUUCUCAAAUUUACCCCCCGAGUGUUUCGCGUUAGUUGUGUGAAAAUCGUGUGACUUAACCUCGAAAUGUGGCCCGAGGUCGAAAGGGCCAAAAGUGAGAAUCGCCACGAGUUGGUGCUCGGGGGCAACGAGAUUGCUGAACGAAUCGGCAAGGAGGGGCUAGAUCCUGGGAUUUUUACCCUGACAGGGUUGAACUACUUGGAUAUACAUGAGACAAGUCUGGGGGCCAUACCGGACGAAAUUGCCAGACUGCAAAACUUACAGUCUUUGGUGCUCCACUCUAAUAAACUAGAGAGUCUCAACAGUGGGGUCACCAAGUUACAAAAGUUGAAACUUUUGGAUUUGGCGAGGAAUCAGCUCAAAGAGGUGUCCCCAGAAAUUGACAAUUUGGUCAAUAUUGUGACUUUUAACUUCACUUUUAAUUGUCUUGGGGACUUCCCCGAGUUGCACAACACCCGGAAAUUGUCAGUCCUAGACUUGUCUAACAAUAAAUUGACAAAAUUCCCUCAGGUGUGUAAUGAAGGAUUGUCAAAUUUAUCCGAAUUGAAGCUCAGUGAAAACGAAAUUGGGACAAUCCCUUCUGAAAUCGGUCACUUAUCAAGUCUAAAAGUCCUAGAAUUGGGGCACAAUCAAAUCAAGUCUCUCCCAGGCGAAUUAUCCGAUUGCACAAAACUCAAAGUCUUGGGGUUGAAAAAUAACCCAAUUUCUGACCGCCGUCUCCUCAAACUCAUCGAUCAAUGUCGUACGAAACAAAUCAUAGACUACGUCAAGGCCCACAGCCCCAAAACUGCAACAAAAACGGAGCAAAAGGGGGCCACGAAGCCUACCAAAGACUCGGAAAGUGACAACGACGAGUACAAACACACAAUUCGGGUCCACUACGCCAAAGAAAGCCCCAAAAUCAUCCUAGAUGAGAGCGUCAAAACUGUGAGAGAAUUCCUAGUGGCUUGUCUCGUCUCUAGUGUCACUUUCACCGAAGAAACUUUUAAAAAAUUCAUCCAAAUUCAGAAUAAACUCCACGAAACAGUGUGCUCUAAACGAAAUUCAUCAACAAUUGCCACUCACGAUUUCGAUAAAUUGCCCCCAGGAGACCUCAAAUACACGACUUUGCCUCCCACUGAGCUCCAAAUCCAGCCUCUUAAUCGCCCCAAUUCUAUGUCGGGGGCUGACCUCUUCACUAAACUCCAAACCGAAGCCAAUAAUCUACGCAAAGAGAAAAAACGCAACACCUAUUCGGGGAUUCACAAAUAUUUGUAUUUAAUCGAGGGGCGGUCGCGAUUCCCCUGUCUCGUAAACUCGCAAGGGACUGUAAUCUCCUUCCCCCCGAUUACCAACUCAGAAGUGUCCAAAAUCGAAGUUGGUACUAAAAAUUUACUAAUUGAGGUGACAAGUUCCCUGUCUUUGCAUUUGUGCAAAGUGGCGAUGGAGACACUUUUGAGGGAAUUAGUCAUGUUGGUGGGGCACGAUCUGGAGGUCACACAAGUCAAAAGCACGGAUGUUGAGGGUAAUUUGAGGGUGGUUUACCCCUCGAAAACCGACUUGGUUUUUGAAGGAAACGAAAUUAGAGUUGUUAGGGACUAAACUUUAAUUUAUUGAUUAUAAUAAGUUUUUUUUUUUGUAUUUGAUACAUUUAAUAAAAGGAGACUUUUCUUUGGC